AAGUUCGUCCAGUCUCGGCGAACGCCGGCCGGCAUGUGGUGCGUUUUCUUCUCCAGUUUUGCUUUCCAUUCCCAGUUGAUUCGUUCGCAACCCGAUUCUUAAGCAGUGUGCGUUAAAACAUUCCCCACGCUCCGAUUCCUGGAGCCGUUUUGACUUUCUUGCUGACAUUUGGGUACGAGGACGCACGCCGAUAUUAUUGUUUGCUGUGGCGUCUUGCGGGAAGCAUACGUUCGUCUGUCCGGGAUCACAAUGGCUUUGCGUUACGAUGAGCAGCGAACGCCGUUUGUAGACUUUGGAAAUGGUGUGAAGCUGGCACUGAACUUGGACGAGUUUACGGACGCGCUGUCGAAGGAAAAGGCUGCGAAAGAGCUGCGCGAAACGCCCGACGUGAUGGAUGCCUCCAUUCGGAAGCUUCGCGAGUUAAUUCAGCAGGAAAAGCAGCUGCGAGUUCCGGUGCAGGAUGAGUCGUAUCUGAUGCGGUUUUUGCGUCCCAAGAAAUACUAUCCGGACAGCACGUUCGAUAUGAUGAAAGCCUUCUAUCGGAUGAAAGCGCGAGAAAACUUCAUCUCCGACCACUUGACCACGGCAUCGAUCAAAAACGCGCUCGAGGAUCGCGUUGUGCAGAUACUGCCCAAGCGCGAUCAGCAUGGACGACGCAUACUGUACAUGGAAAUGGGAGCAAAGUGGAACUGCAGCAGGGUGCCGGCGCUGGAGGUGAUUCGCUGCACCAACAUGCUAAUGGAGACGGUUGGCCGCGAACCGGUGACCCAGCUGAACGGCAUCGUGUUCGUCAUCAACUUCGACAAGCUGUCCCUGUCGCACAUCAGCCAGUUUCCGCCCAAGUUCGUGAAGACGGUCGUGGACCAUGGCCAGAAGAACUCACCCUACCGCAUCAAGGGCAUACACAUCGUGAACAAUGCGCGCAUGUUUAACAUCUUCUUCAAGAUAUUCAAACCAUUUCUGGGCAAAAAGUGGAGCCAGCGGAUCUUUCUGCACGGUGUCGAGUUUAAGUCACUGCACGAACACAUCGAACCGGACUGUUUGCCCACGUUUCUGGGUGGAGCGUACGAGCUGCCGGUGGCGUACGAUGGAGCAGUGAUCGGGCAGCUGUUGAACUGUUACCGGGAGAAGCUUGAAGAGGAGGAAAAGUAUGGCUAUGCAGCGGAGGUCGAAGAAUCGUAAGCUAUGCGAUUGGAAUUGGGGGCAGAAAUGGCCAUUAUUUUGCACCAGUUUGAAAGGAAAUAUAAAUUAAAAUAAUCAAAACGUUUGACAAAGAAUAAAUUGGAUCAUAUUAUAAUACUA